UGUUAAUUGUCUUAGAUGUUACAAUUAUGAGACAAAUGAUGCACAGAAAUGAGAAACUGUAGAUCCCUUUAAUAAAGUAAUAUGCAUAAUGUAUGACAGAGGCUAAACCAGGACAUGUACAUGUGAGAGACUUUCAUAAUAUGGAUAAAUUGAGUCCGAAGGAAUUCGCCAUUGUCAACGAUUUAGCUAACCUUUUGCGUAAAAAUGGUUGCUUUACAGGGGAACAGAUUCUGAAUGGAAGCACUCAAUUUUGUUUGACGACACAAUCACUGGGUCAAUUAAACAAUGCAUUUAGAAGAUACAGUGAAACCAAGUAUGACUUUGAAGCAAAGAAAGAAGUCGAGAGAUCAAGACGAGGGUCAGGUAGAAGUCGAGAAAGGACAAACCAUGAACAGGAGCAGUUCUAUAGAUGGAGGACCAAUGCUCAGUUUCUGAAUGAUUUCAUCACAAAAACUGCAUCUCUGAAAAUAACUCAUGGAACAGCUACGAUGCAAGGUCCCAUUUUAAUUUCAAGAUUUAAAAGUCUUCAGGUUCUGGAGCUGAAAAAGAUUCCAACUCACAUGUUGGAGGGAUUGCACAAGCUAAGAGGACAACUCCAUGUUGUAACUGUGACCAGAUGUUUGCACACACUACAGGAAUUUCUGGAGACUUGUGGUGGGGACCAGAGUAACCCCAUGUCAUGGCCGCUUCUAACUGCUGCUUACUUUAGCUACAACUGGAUAUCCAAGCUGGAUGCUUCUUUAAGACUUUUGCCAGGUUUACACAUAUUAGAUCUUAGUCACAACAACAUUGAUAAAGUGGAGAGUUACCUUGAGUACUUGACAGAGUUGAGAAGAAUUAACCUAGGAUACAACAUGCUGGAUUCUGUGCCAACAUUCUCCAUCACAGUUCAAAGUAAACUAAAGACCCUGGUCAUCAGAAACAAUAAUCUAGACAAUCUUUCUGGAGUUGAGAUGUUGGUCAAUCUGGAGGAGUUAGAUGCCUCAGAGAACUGUCUAGUGGAUCACUCCUGUCUGGGAGUCUUCAACAAGCUUCACUCCCUUCAUGUGAUAAGUCUCCAAGGUAACCCGUUAUGUUAUCAUCAACAUCAUAGAAUCCGAUCACUUCAUCAGAUGUCAUCUAAAGCUAUUACUACAAAAGAGGUUAUUCUGGACGGCAAGCCAGUUAAACUAGCAGAAAUCAUGCACCUUCAGAGCACAGGAAAAUUGUCCACAGACAAACAACCAGAGGAAAGGAGCUCCAGACAGUCAACAAAUAACCCAAGGCUGGCUCAGAGUUACAAGUUUGAUGACACAGAUGACAUUGCAGAAUCAGUGUUGGUGGGGUCCCCAAGCAGGAGGAAAAGUAGAAAGAAGAAAUUCCGAGGCAGAAAUCAGAGGACAGACACAGAAGGAAGUGAGGUGACAGAAACCACAGAUCAGUCCUCUCCAGAGAGUUCAAGAGUUCCAUCACCAACUAGAAUUGUAGAGGGGCAGGCAUCAACUCGAGAAGAAAUAGAAGUCUUGAGAGAUCACUAUGGUGUCAACUGGCUACAGGUGAUAUCUGCCAAAGAGUAUGAUGGCAGUAUACAGGUUAUUGAGAAUGAUGAACAAAAGUCAUCUUUACUAACUUCUGUGCUUGAUAAUGAAAAACAGUCCAAUCAUAUUCAAGACAAAACAAAUUCAAAACAAGCCUAUCACACAGAAGAUGACAUUUAUUUGAAUGAAAGCACAGCAGAUGUUCAUUAUAGAGAUGAUGAUAUGGAGGAUGAUAUUGAAGUUUUACAUGUAUCCAAUGGAUCUGACACCAUCAUAAAGACCACCUCCUCAGAUUUCUCCACCCUUUCCAGUGAACGCCCGGACUAUAACAGGAUGAACAGCUCAAAGGGAGCUGAGUGGGAUCGAGAUGACGAGGAAAAAUUAGCUCUUUAUGGGGAGGAAUGCGAGCCAUUUAUUGUAAUGUUACCUGAUGCUGAUCUAAAAGUUUUGCUUGUAACCCUCAACCAGCGCUACCUGAUUGAAAAAGAUAUUGAUGGGAAGAUUAAGGAGAUGUUGGAUCUCAGAUGUCUAUUGUCAUUCAAGAUUGAAGUGGAAGAUGUGACUCAUGCAAAUUUAGUUGAUGAAAAAGUCCCUGUGUUCAGGGCUAAGUUUGAUUACAUGAAGAAAGACAGGCGUGAAAGAGUCUUUAUAAUGGAGAACACUGCAGCAGCCAAUGAAUUUGAGGAACUACUAAGACCAAUUGUUGAAGCUAAAGAGGCAGAGAAUAGAAAGAAAAAUCUUUUACAGUGUUUGAAAUGUUCAAAAGAGGUAUGUAAACAGGAUGUGGACAUCUCAGAACAUGUAUUUGACAAGAAAGACAAAACUGCAGAACCAGGGGUGAGAUACCAGUGUCCUCACUGUGGGAGUAAGAUGAUGAUGGAGGUGGCCCAGGAGGAGAAAAAUGAGGUUCCUGUUUCCCAGGGGGCUCAACCCUCCAGCAAUGGAGAUGACAUGAAACAGGAGGGGAAAAAAGAUGAAUCAGAACUUUCAGGAAGUUUGACCAGGCCUAGGACCUAUGCAUUCAGUGAUGUCAUGUCACAUUCAGACAUUGGAAAAAUACUGACAACUCCAGAGAUAACCAGAUCUAAUUCCACAGGGAAAGCUCUUAGUGAAAAACAAAAGGAAGAGGAGAGCGCAAAUCUUAUCAAUUCAUGGUCAGAUGUAAAGUCUUCCGAACAGAGUCAGCGAAAAAGUCGAAAUUCUGUAGACAGUGAUAUCUCAUUGAUAACCAAUCCGAGUGAUGCUAGCAUAUCUGUGAUAUCCGAAUCAAGUGUUGAAACAAUAUCUGAACCACCCCAAAAUGGUGACAAUAGUUAUUUUGUGACAUCAACUCCACAAAAGCAAGAUAAAGGUGAAAAUGGCAAUGUAGCAGUUCCUAGGAGUUUGAAUUUGAAUGGAAUCAUUGAGGAAGAGGACAUGACCCCUGUGGGGUCACCACUGUCCAAUAGUAUUUGUUCUAGCAUGGUAUCUAGUAUGUAUGAAAAUUCUUUGUCCAUUAAUAUUGACAAUCAGGAAUAUUCUCCACAAAAGGAUACAAGUCAGACUGUGAUGAAUGAGUGUUCAGAUCGAGAAAACAACAAUGGAGAUACAAGUAUUUAUUCCCAGUUUAAGACCGAGGAAGAAUCAGUUGACAAUAGUUCUAGUUACGAAACUUGUGAUCAAAAUAGCACCCAAGACAGUAUAACCCAGAAGGUGGGGGCAGUGUUGAAUGGAGUUGAUGAAGCAGACAGUUCUGCAGUGAUGAAUGAAUCUGGUUAUGAUUGGUUGAAAAACCUGGACAAUCUGCACCAUGUUGACUUGAGUGUUGUUGAUCACAAGUUACAGCUGUACUUAGAUAUGAAUGUUUUUGAGGAAUCUGAGAGUGUGCAGUUUUGUAUACAAUGUUCUACUGUCCAGUACAUGAGAUCUUCUGAGUUCCAAUCCUAUCUCAUCUUCUCAACCAGCAGAAUCCUAAUCAUUGAAAUCUCAGAUCCAGACACAGGGGAGAAUACUGAUGGAUUGUCCUGCAUUGAGAAUCAGCCAAUCACUGAGUUGUGUUAUAUUGACAUCGGACUAGGUUAUCAGAGCGUCAGACUGGAGUUUGAUACAAUGUGUUCCAGCUACAGCUUCCUGAUCAGAGAUGAAGAGAGAUGUAAAUCAUUCAUCAGUUUGGUUACAGAAAUUAUCCAGGAUACAGCUUUCAGUGAGGAGAGUAAACUGGAGGGGAUAAGUAAGUUUAACGCUGACACACUUUGUAAUCUACAGGACACGGUCUGGUGGAAGUUCAAACACAACCUCACCGAGGAUGACAACAAGUUUGACCUAGUUAGAUACCUGUCUGGAACAUUUAUCACAGAAAACACAGAUGACACCAGAUCUGUGGGUCUGGCUGUGACAGAAAUGUAUAUCUCUCUAGUCGUAGAAAAUCAUCAGUGGCCAUUACCAAGGUUACAGUCAGCUUUACCUGAACACAUCAAAGGACAACAGUUUGUUCUCCUGGACAGACAGAAAAUUAACAACAUUGCUUCUGUGGAGGUAUGUCAGUCAACCGGUGCUAAAGUGAAGAUUAAUUUCUUUAAUGAAGAAUCUCAAGAAGAGGCUCAAUGGUUCAUUGCCAUGGAAACCAGCAUUAGUACAAGGUCAUUGUUGGACUCAAUUCGUGAACCCUGGGAAGCUGCUUUUGGGGUUGAAAUGGAAAUUAUUCCGACAGAAUUUGAGGAAGUGUCCUAAGCCAAACAUAUAGUCAUUUUAUUUUGUUCUAGUCAACACUGUAUUUCCCAAUACAGCAAUACAGAGGAAAGUUUUUUAAUGGAAAUUUUUUUUUAACAUUUCAGUUAGAUUGUCUUUUUAUGUGGAAGAAAAAAUCCUUAAGGUUAAAACCUGAACUCUAAAAGAUAUUUUAUUUUGAAAUUGGUUGUCAAUGGGGUAAGGUAUUAGUAUGUAUAUGUCCAUUUAAAGUGUCUCAAGCGUUGCAAUGUUUGAACAAAUAUUAUGGCUACUCAGAGAAUUCUUUUACAAAGUACAUGUAUCCAGAUAAUUCAGUAUUAUCCAUUAUAAUCGAGUAUAUUUUUACCUUUAAAUUGUAUUCCAAGUUUUAACUUGCUGUAGCUUAUGGUGACUUGUCAGUUAUGUGUAUUAUGAAACUCACUGUUAAACAUUUUAUUAACCAUCUACCAAUGCAGCAAUAUAAACGAAUAUUGUUAAAAAAGUCUUACCCUUGUACUGUAAGUGCAUACAUUGUAUUUAUGUUUUAACAACAUUCCAACUUCUAUUUAUAAUUGACAGUUUGUUUUUUAAUUCUGCUUCCUCUUUGUUAUGCUGUUCAUUUGAAACAGACAAUCCAAGUUUUACCUCAAAUUUUUAUCAAGUUUUCUCUUUACUUGUUAAGUUUAAUUUUAGAACUUCACUAAACAUGGAUAUCUACACGUUGGCUAUAGAAUGCUUCAAGUGUUAGAAACUUGGGGUGUUUAAAUCCUUAUCAUAAACCGUUACUGCUUCCAGUAAUAAGAGAUGUUAAUAUAUACACUAUUGUAGCAAUGUCAGAGAAAAAGGAAACAAAUCAUAACUCACUGUCCCUUACAAUCAACUACCGGUACAGAAGCUUUAUAUUUCUGAAAAGAGGACUUUAUUAAAUUGAAUAUAUUGUAAUUAGGGUUUUAGUUUAAGACUGCCAUUGUGUAUUAUAUUUAUUUUUUUUAGUGUAUUUGAAAUAUUAUUGUAAGUUUUGAUACAAUUUUAUUCAGAUUUUAAAAACAAAUAACAGAGAAUGUAACCAUUGCAACUUUUAAAGGUUUCAAAUUCAAAGAAAUUUUGAAAGUUCAAAGAAAUCCUAAAAGAGAGAAAAUGUAUGUUUAUUGAGUACAAAUAGAAGUUAGAAAACUCUUAAGUCAUUUAAACAUUGAAAUUUGGAUGAUCAUACAUAUAUUACAUUUGUGCAUUUAAUAGAAAGAUGGACAUUGUACUUAGUUAAAGUGAUACUCAGUUAAGUUAACAUUUUUACCCUGCCUUUAAUUUAUUUCAAAGCACAGGCCUGUGAUAUUAAGUGCUAUCAAUGUCUUCUCUGACUUGAAUUUUGCUGCAGUGUUUUAAUGCAAAUAUCAUUUCUUCUUGCCUAACUUGAGUUCUGGCCAAGUCAUAAAUAUCUAUGUGCUUGUGGUCUGACGUAUGCAUAUAGUGUGGCAAAUAUAGUCAUUUAUAUAGUGAAGUGACAAUAGUGUACAUGUAAAUUAAUGCAAUUUUUAAUAAAUAUGGAAGGAGU